GAAAAAAAUUAUUUGUUUUGGCUUUUAUGAAUGAGUGAUGUGAUGUGGCCAAAAUAUUCAAUACUAGUAAAAACACUCAACAAUUAGUGGGAAAUAGUGAUGUCGUGAUCUUAAUUAGUGGGAUAAACAGUUUAAAAUCGAACAAUGGCUUAUCAAACGUUGAGGAACGAGUACUUAAAUACACCCCCUAUCACUAGGGCCUACACUACUGCUUGUGUAGUAACAACAUUGGCUGUGCAACUUGAAUUGGCCUCGCCAUUCCAACUAUAUUUCAAUCCGAUUUUAAUUUUAAAAGGCCAAAUAUGGAGAUUGCUAACGACGUUUCUGUUUUUUGGAACUUUCGGAUUCAAUUUUCUGUUCACGAUGAUAUUCACUUAUCGUUACUGCAGGAUGCUGGAAGAGGGCUCCUUUAGAAACAGGUCGUCCGACUUUCUAAUGAUGUUUUUGUUUGGAGCCAGCUUAAUGAUUAUUUUUGCAUUUUUUGUCAACUUAUUAUUUCUAGGCCAAGCCUUUACGAUAAUGCUAGUUUAUGUGUGGUCAAGAAGGAAUUUGUUUGUGAGGAUGAACUUUUUUGGAUUGUUAAACUUUCAGGCUCCCUAUUUGCCAUGGGUACUAGUGGCUUUUUCUGUACUAUUAGGAAAUGCAGUGUACGUCGAUCUGAUGGGUAUAGCUGUAGGACAUAUUUAUUAUUUUUUGGAAGAUGUUUUUCCAAAUCAAAGAGGCGGAUUCAAGAUUUUGAAAACACCUACAAUAGUAAAACUCCUUUUUGAUGAAUUACCGGAGAACGCAGACUACCAACGAUUGCCAGAAGACAACCCGGGAGGCUUCAAUUGGGGCAACCAGGAUCAGGAUAAUGAUGAAAACGUUAGAAAUGAGCAACAAAAUGGCCCAAACCAGUGAUACCAAUUUAUAUUUUUUUGUUUUUUUUUUAAUUAAUAAAUUGUUUUGAACUCUUGUAUAUUGAUUGAUUAAUUUAAUUAAUUAAAACACAAUAUUUUUAAUUUAUUUAUUUAGUAACAACUAGGUAAAUUAUAAUCAACUAUCUACUACUUUUUUUUUAUAUGAGGACACUCCUCCAAACAAAAACGAGUACACAAAAUAAUUACCAAACAUUGUAAUUUGGGUACCAAUUCAUGGAAAAAGAAAAGGAAACAUUGACUAAUUGGUAUUUUCAAUCAGGAAACACCACUGAGUCUGAGGCACCUAAAUAUUAGGUAAAAAAUAUUUUUGGUUUAUUUAAAUAGAUCAUCACCAUUUUCUUGUACCUGAGCGUUUUAUUCGACUUAUAAAUACUAAAACAAAGGGGAUGAGGAAAAAAAAAAGGAUUUUUCAAGCACCAACAUCCCCCCUUCUAAACAAAAUAAUAUACACUAACACAUUUAACCCUCUUAGGUAAAUCCAAUGGUAACAAAACAACAUUAAAAAACUACAAUUUUAAUCAGUCUCCUGUUUCCAAAAAUAAUUGUAACUGAUAAUUAAUUUGAAAAAUCUCAGGUACAAUUAAUUGAAUUUUCUAAGCAGCGCCUUACCUACAUAAAUCUAGCACUGUUGCGACAAUGGCCAAAAAUACUAAAUAAUAAUUGUUUUUGUUUUAAAGACGCUUGAUGAUUAGAUGAAAUUAUAAAUUAAUUAACUGACGUGAAAAAUGGGAGGAUUCUUUUUAAGGCCAUUGUUAUAUUGCAACUGUUGCCAAAACUACUGUAAUGUCAUCUGGUUUUCCACCUAUCAUAUUGAUUCCAUUGGCGAAAGCUCGCUCUGCGAAUGGCGACACAAAAGUUUCAUCAAAGGACAAACUGUGUGCCAUCCAGGCAAUCGAAUUGGCAACCAUUUGUAGUCGGCUUGC